UUUCCUGAUGAAAUCUGGAAGCAGAGACCCGAAGUUUCAGAGCAUCCCACCCUGAGUGGAGGUCCUGCGUGUGCCCUGCGCUCCUCUCUGCUGAGCUGGCGCGGAUCGUUCUGCUGUGGUUUCCCAAGUGCUGAAUGAUGAAAUUAAAACCGCCCGUGGGAAACACACAGGACUCUUUCGUUUAUACAUAUCUGACAGUGUAUAUGCAAACGAAAACACAGGAGCCCUUGCUUUCAUCCCAACAUGCUUCUUUCCAGACCAUGGGAAACCAUCUGGGAAUUACUUCUGUGAUGUCAGAGGAUCAGCGUGAUGAUCUCCCUGCUGGAGAGGGAGAUUAUGAAGAUGGCUCUGAUGAAGUUGAUGCAAGGCCAGACAGAAGCAGCAGGUUCUCACUUUUUGUAAAAAAAAGGAAGAAUGGAGAAGAAGAUAAGCCAAAGCCCUCUCUCAGUAAUCAAUACCGAAUUGUCACACCCACAUUCCAGUAUAAUAUGGAUUACAAGAAAGUUGGCAAAUGUAUUAUUAUAAACAACAAAAAUUUUGAAGACAAAACAGGAAUGGGCACACGCAAUGGCACUGACAAAGAUGCUGGAGACCUUGCUAAGAGCUUUAAAAACUUAGGGUUUGAGGUUGAUAUACACCAUGACCGAAGCCGUGAUGAUAUGGAAAAAUUACUGAAAAAAGCUGCCGAGGAGAACCACAGUGAUGCUGCCUGCUUUGCCUGUAUCCUCCUAAGCCAUGGGGAAGAAGGGCUCAUCUAUGGCACAGAUGGACCCAUGGCUAUCAAGAGUCUGACUGCACUGUUCAGAGGAGACAAGUGUAAAAGCCUUAUAGGCAAACCCAAACUGUUUUUCAUUCAGGCCUGCAGAGGCUCUGAAUUUGAUGAAGGUAUACAAACUGACUCUGGACCUGCCAAUGACACCCUGGAGACAGAUGCCAACCCGAGAUACAAAAUCCCAGUAGAAGCAGAUUUUCUGUUUGCUUAUUCCACCGUGCCAGGUUAUUACUCCUGGAGAAAUCCUGGAAGAGGCUCCUGGUUUGUGCAGUCUUUGUGCUCUGUGCUAAAUGAGCAUGGAAAGCAGCUUGAGAUCAUGCAGAUCCUCACUCGGGUCAACUACGUGGUGGCCACCAAUUUCGAGUCGCAGUCCGACGAUCCGCGCUUCAGUGAGAAGAAGCAGAUUCCCUGCGUGGUCUCCAUGCUCACUAAGGAACUUUACUUCUGAAAGGGCAUUCUAGUGCAGCCCAUGCUGAAAGGUCAGGCUGUGGUUUUGGGUGGAGAUGUGAUUGUGGACAGGAGCAACACAUUUUUAAAAACAGAAAUGUGGUAACACGAGAUUUUUUUAUGUUGUAUAAGAUGGGGUAUCUGAUGGAUGGACAACAUGCAAUAUUUUAAAGAAGCUAUGGGCCAGCCUGACAGCUAUUACUAAUUAUUGUGUCUUGGUUUCUCUUAGUGUGGCUGUCAUGAUUUAUGGCUGCUGAAGAUGUUAUGAGUCAGCUACCUGACCCAUAAAGCUUUUUCCCAGAAAGCAGAUUGUAAAUUAAGAAUAAAAACAAAAAAAUCUUGAGACUCCUUCUCAUUUACUGCUAGUUCGUGGAACUAUAACCUCCUUGGAAAUUUCCAAAGACCAUCAUAUUAUGGCUAUGUCCAGUAAUAAAACAGUUUGUAGCUAUUUUAAAGGGUGUCUCUUAGUCUAAUAUAUUAAUUUCCUUUUAAUGAACAUUAUUAAUGAAGGCUAAUGGUUACUCUCUGCUCAAUCUGGAAGUUAGUUUACUUAGUCAUCAUUCUAGGAUAAGAUGAAUGUAUAAAAAAAUCAAUAUUUUUAUUUACCUGAAUAGUAUAGAAAUGUAACAAAUAGAACAAUCAAAAUUAAAAUCUCUGUAAAAGAUUGGCAAAUUUUACUUGGAUGGAACCAUAUUGAAGUGCCUUUGAAAAGAUAUUUUGCCUUGCAAAUGACAAUUGACUGAGAGAACAACCUGAAACAGUGGUAUUGCAUUUCUUCUGCUUGCAGAAAUAAAAAUGUCUGCUUGUUGAUUCAAAAGUUAAUGACAAGGCUUUAAAACAUUAAGAUUUAAUGUUGAAAAGGUAGAAUUAUAUGUUCCAGUAACAAAUGUCUGUUUAUGAUUUAACUUCUAUUUGGGAGGAGUUUUGCCAAAACUGGGAAUGGUUACUUGGAUCAGAAACCAGAAGUGCCUUCUUAGUUACUGUACGGUCUUGAUUUAGUGUUUUAGAGUUUUGUUGGUGAUCUUUAUAUUUCUACUUUUUUAUAUUUCCUUUAGUUGGUAGCUAGGCCAAAUAAAGUAAGUUUAAUGAUUUGGUUAAACUGGUCAAGAAUUAGUCAUUCACUCUUUUCCCAAUUAAUGUACUUUAUACUCC